AUAUAAUUUCAAUCUACAGUAUAUCUUUUUUUCUUUUUUUUUUUGCAACUUAAGUGUUCCUUGAGAAUGCUGCCAUGAUUCUGUGUGCAGUGGAACAUAGAGAUAGAUAGUGCAGCAAUCUAAAAAAAAAACCCUUUGGUUUAGUUUCUUUUAGUAGUGUGGAGUACUGUACUGCCUGUUCUGUAGCAAACCUAUCUUGAAAUUAGUUUGAAUUAUAGCUUACUAGUAUUGAAAUAUUGUGUUAGCUUUUAUGUAGCAGUACAGAAGCUAUGGACAUGUUUUGGAUCAAUAUUGCUGCUCUUACUUGGUUCUAUUUGAAAGGAACACUUAACUUUAAUUUUAGUGCUAAUAUGUUUUGCAAGAAUUACACAGUAGACAACUUGUCAUGUCCAGAUUAUUUAUUGGCAGGUACUAAUUAAACUAAAAUGUGUGUUUUGGCUACUCUAUAUUUUUUGUGUUCUGUGAUCCUCUACUUCAUAUAGUUCUUAGUAAUGUAGUUGCAUUUCUGACAAAUCUUUUGGAUUUGCAUUUUGCCUGCAAUUCAUGUUUACUAACAUCAGGUUGUAUUUUAAUGUAAAAUUGGCUUUCUUUCAAGAUCUGUGCAUUUUUAAAUAAUAACUGGAUGAAAAAUCAAAUAAGGUGUUUCAUUUGCAUAUUCUAAUUCUUAUAUGUCAGUGAAAGAUUGUAGUUUGGCAACUCUGAAUUUAUAAAUUUUCUUGUGACAUUUAUUAGUAGGGAACUAGGGAAUUGUGGGUAGAAUCCGGAGGGGUUCUUAUACUCUCAUGAAUUCCUUUCCAUAGCACAAUUUUCCUUCCACAAGCAGGAUCCAUCACUUACACAAGAGAAAUUUCGCACUUCUUAGAACAAGUGCCAACAAGUGGAAACACUUGUUGGCAGACAUGAGUCUUUCUGCUCAUUUCAGGUUGGCCCAGUAGCACUAAAUCAUAGUUUUGCAAGUGGUGGGGCAGCAUACAGAAUGGAACAUGUGGGGGGAUAAGCACCCAUUUGGAAUCUACCCAUGGUUACUCAACAGCGCUGUUCAGCAAAAGGUUGCUAUAUCUAAUGUUUGGGUAUAGUAAACUGUUCUGAGAAUCAGAAAUAAGCUGUACCUACCAUCUAGUAAUCUGCAUAUGAUUGUAGUUCACUGAUUAGAACUGAAAAUUCUAUAAUGUUAUGGGCUGCUCUUUAGAUAGCGUUAUAAAUUUGUAUCUCUUGUGUGACUGAAUUUCUUUAAAAAUGAAAAUAGAACUGGUUAUGAUAAUGUAGGUAAAGACAAUACACAUAGUCUUCUUAAUUAAAAGUUUGCUUGCAGUUUCUUCUUUGUUAACUGUAUUUUAAAUCUUUGGGGAGAGCUUUGAACUUUCCAGUGCAGUUGUACAUUACAUUAAUGUCCCCUGCACUCUGCCUCUUUCUUUUCUGCAAUAAAUAAGUAAAACUGUUGUUGCAUAUGGUUUCUUGGUAUUGGCUGUUUAUAUAUAAUGCACUGCCCUUUCCUCUACCAAGGAUAUUUUGAUACUGAAGACUUAGUUUUGUCUUUCCAGUCUAUGCUAGGUACCUGCCUUAUCCUCUUGAAUAUGCUAAAUGUAAUAGUAGAUAGAAGAUGAGGCAUGUUAGUAGUUUUAAUCUUCCAAGUGUAAAUGCAUUAUGUUGCAGAAAGCAAAAGAUAAAAAAUGAAAUGUGAACUUCUUGAGCUUUAGAACAAAAAAAUCAACUUGUACUAAUUGCCCAUUAUUACUGACAAUUGUCAGAGUUUCCCAAAUGAGGGCAGAUACUUUUAAAUGCUGUUGAACUGUUAUUAGGCAUAACUUUUAAAGACAGAACAGUUUUAUUAACCUAUUAAGUAUGUGCAGCUACCUGCAUUCAUAAGACUAGGUCUGGGCACAAACAAUGAGGUUUAAAUACUAUUGAAUAACUAAAUUGAAUGAACUUCAGGCAUUCUGAAUGUUAACAUUUUCUUUUAUAGAAAAGUGGCACAGAUAGCUUUCUGUCUGGUCACAGCUUGGAAUUGCCCAGCCCUAAUCAAGGCAAACCCUACCAAAGUAAAAUAUACAUUGAUGUUAGUUGAUAAAUGUCAACUGAUAACUUGUCUUUUGAAAUGUUUAACUUUAGUAAGCUUACUUUUUUUUUCCUCACUGCAACUUUUCCAGGUUUGGACCUUAUGAGUCUUAUGACUCCGGGUCUUCUCUGGGUGGGCGAGAUCUGUACAGAUCUGGCUAUGGUUAUAAUGAACCCGAACAAAGCCGCUUCGGAGGUAGUUAUGGUGGUCGAUUUGACAGCAACUACCGGAAUAGCCUUGACUCUUUCGGAGUACAUGGGAGACUUUGGAGGCAUGCAUAGACCUGGAAUUGUGGUAGACUAUCAUAACAAACCCAGUUCUGCAGCAGUAGCUGCACGAGGAAUAAAGAGAAAAAUGAUACAGCAGCCGUAUAAUAAACCAGGUGGGACAUUUAUCAAGAAACCCAAACUGACAAAACCUAAUGUGAAGAUGAACCAAAACAAACCUAACCCAAGGACACCAAGCAAGAAUACUACUGAAGAGGGUAAUGAAGCUGAAGCAGGUGACACAAUUACGGAUGAAGACUUUACAAAAGAUGCCUGUGAUGGCAUCUAUCAGGCCUUUGAAGGUGUCAAGCCAGAAGUGAAAAAUGAAGAGGAAGAAAAGCGUCGAAUUGAGGCAAGAAGAGAGAAGCAAAGACGUAGGAGGGAGAAAAACAGUGAAAAGUAUGGUGAUGGUUACAGAAUGGCAUUCACCUGUUCAUUCUGUAAGUUCCGAACAUUUGAAGAAAAAGACAUUGAAGCUCAUCUGGAAAGUGCUGUUCAUCAGGAAACUUUAGAUCAUAUUCAGAAACAAACCAAAUUUGACAAAGUUGUGAUGGAGUUCCUGCAUGAAUGUAUGGUGAAUAAAUUCAAGAAGACUGCUAUGCGUAAGCAGCAGACCACUAGCCAAAUGGAAGCUGCCCAGAUAACUGAAAAAGAUGUCAUGGAAGGUGUCACAGCUGAUGAUCACAUGAUGAAAGUUGAAACUGUUCUCUGUUCCGCGUGUAGUGUGUAUGUUCCUGCACUACACAGUUCUGUUCAGCAGCACUUAAAGUCUCCUGAGCAUACAAAGGGAAAGCAGACUUACAAAGAACAAAUUAAAAGAGAGAGUGUACUAACUGCUACCAGCAUCUUGAAUAACCCAAUUGUGAAGGCACGGUAUGAGCGCUAUGUCAAGGGAGAAAAUCCAUUUGAAGUUUCUGAUCAAAAUCCAGAGCAGCAAGGGGAAGAAGACAAGGCAAAUGAACCUGCAGAAGAGGAGGAAGAGGAGGCAGAAGCUGAGGAAGAGGAGGAAGCAGAAGGUGAAGAACAAACAGACUUCACUCUUGACCAGACAGAAGACAGUUAAAUGCAAGAAAUUUUACACGAGAGAAAAAUGCUGCUUUUACAUUCUGUUAACGUGGCUAAAUGUAAAAUUUCUAAUAAUUAAAAAGGAGGCUCAUGUUAUCAUCCCCUACCCUGUGCAUGCAUUCCAUUUAAAUUUUAAAUGCCCUUAUGAUCUGUUUUCACUUUUGCUUAAAAUGAAGGUAAAUUCAUUUUAGUUCAGCUUUUAUAGUAACCCAGCUAUUAGAAUUGAUAUAAUACUGUAUUAUGUAUGUUUUCAAACAUUAGUUUUCUUUCCUUGAUGUUGAGAAUUGGGUAUAAAUUAGUACAAAUUUUAAAUCAUUUCAACAUAAAAGUAUUUCAAGUAAAUACAUUGUACUUUGUUCUAGAAACUUAAAAUUAUGUUGUGAGUGGCUGUCUUUUGGACUGCAUCACUCAUUGUAAAAUACAUGUUAUGACAUACCUUGUAGCCUUUUUGUGAUAAAAUGUAUUUGUUUGUAGCAAUAAAAUGUUUUCAAAA